AUGGAUGAUAGUUCUGACAUGAAGACAAAGAUGGAUACCAUGCAUCAAGGCGUGGUGAAAAUAGAGAAAGCUUGCUUUAGUGUCCAUGUGAGAGGAUCUGAGUAUAAACUGCUUGGAUAUAAUGAUCCAGAUUCGUCCUUGUUGGGGUUACAAGACAUUCAUAUUAACGCUAUGAGCAAAGAUAAGGCGGCCAACAAGGCAUCUUCAUGGACAUUGUCUCUAAAUGGAUGUUCCAGAGCUCAAACUUUCCCCAAUGCAACUUUUGGAUGGGUUAAUGUCAAAGAUGUCGCUAUUGCACAUAUCCUAGCUUUUGAGGUUCCGUCAGCCAGUGGUAGAUAUUGUUUAGUUGAGAGAGUCGCGCACUAUUCAGAAGUUGUGAAGGGCUUAAGUGAUCUUUACCCUACUUUCCAGCUUCCUGAAAGGUGUAUGGAUGACAAGCCAUAUGUGCCAACAUAUCAGGUGUCGAAAGAAAAAGCGAAUAGCUUGGGACUUGAGUUCACUCCCUUAGAAGUUAGCAUCAAGGAGACAGUAGAAUCUCUCAAGGAGAAGGCCUUUGUUGAUUUCUGUGUCUGCUACCCAUAA